AUGAAUACUGAUAGAUUUAUUUGUAAAAAAUGCUACCAUUAUGCACUAUUUCAAACUAAUUUCAAAGAUUUUUUCUGUCACAAGCACUCAAAGGAUCUCUGUGAGGUCAGCUUAAUUACUUAAUUAUUUAGUUUUUUAUUUUUUUUUUCUUCCUAGGUAUAAUAUCAAAUCACCCUUUUUACUCAUAAUUGUGAUAUUUCUUCAGAGUGCAAUAUCAACAGCCCCUUUAACGUCGAAAUUGUGACACCACCGAGCAACCCUCUUUGAUCGAGGAAAUGAGGUAUUCCAUCAAAGUUCCCAUGAUGAAUCAGGUCAGAUGGCUUCAUGGACAGCAUUGCCCAAUUCAUUUUUUGGACUCCUGCGCAUUUUCAAUAUAAGGUUUCCUUUUCAGAGAAAAUCUUACGCCUCUUAAAAUUCAAUACUAUCCCAUGCAAUGAAUGCUCCUGGAUUACUAUGAGCUUGAUUCCCUUCUCGCUCCCAGCAAUUAGCCUAGAUGGCAAAAUCCAUACUGAUAUUGAUAGACUUUUUAUUUUAUUUUUAUCUUAUUUUAAGGGAGGUGAGGAGUCAAGGUCUAGUUAUGCAUGCCUUCAGGAUUUAUAAUAUAUAUCUGGAUUAAUUGCCUGGGAUAAUUGAAUCCAUAAUAAUAAAUUACCCAGAGGAUGGGAACAUUUUGGAGAGGGCUUUUUUGACGGUGCCAUUUUAUUAUAUAAUGAGGUCAGCACACAAAAUGUAUUGGAAAGGAUAAAGCAUUCUGUAAACCAAAAAUCGAAAGAAAUUAUCAAAAACUUUAUUAUAAAUGCAAUUAGCUGUAUUGAAAGAGUAUUAGAGCUCAUUAACAACCUUCCUGAAGGAGAUUACAAUAAGGAUGAUAAAAAUAGUAUUGAAAACUGCAUCAAUAAGCUAAAGGCAUUGCUGGAAAAAUGCUCAAAAACAGAUUUCGUUGAAGCCAAAGCGUUUUAUUUACCUUUAGAGUAUUUUUUGAUAAGGCUAUCUGAUGAUGCCUAUAAGUUCACAGAAAAUGUUUUUGUGCCUGAUUUAAAUGAAGAUAUAAGCUAUCAAGCAGAAAUGUGACUAAAAUUUACUGAUUAUAUAUUCAAUUGCAAUUAUUUCAAAAUAUUGGAUUAUGAGUGAACCUGAGCUUAUUAUCACUCAAGCUUUAAGAGGCUCAAUGAUUUAUUAUGAGUGGGUCUUUAUCAAGCUACAGAAUAUUUACUUAUAUAUGAGUAUGAAUCAGCACAGCAAUGUAUGGAAUCAUGCAAAGAAAUUUGCAAAGAAAUAAGUUUUCCUCAUCAAAUUGAUGAAUAUAUAAUUGAGGCAUUUUUGCUAGUCAUAAAACUUGAUCAGAUUUAUAAAAGUCCAAAAUUCAGCAAAGGGUUACAAAAAGUAGAGAAUAAAAUAAUUAGUGCAGGCAAAAUGACGAAGCUAAAGAUGUUUUAUCAUAUUUUCAUGAACAUCUUUCUUUAUCUUAACGAUCUUCAAUCUUCCAAAAUGUAUGCAAGAAAAUUGCUUACUUCUCUUGCUAGAUAGGGAGCUUUUUGCUUACUGCCUAUGAGAGGGGGUUAUUUUUUUAUUAUAAAUUUGUACCAAUAUAAUUGUAUUUUAAAUCCAAAUUUGCAAUUAUUUGAAACGAAAAAUCUUAUUUAAUUUUUUAAUUUAUAUUUUUAGCACACAAAAUGUCUAAAAUUUAAUAUAAAUUCUUUAGCAUAAAAAAUUUAUACUAAAAUUUUUUUGCUAGCUAAAAGAGAGGUUAAUUCUCAAAAAAAAAGUGUAUUUUAAUGAUUUUGCACUGUAAUCAAGAGAUAGUUAAUCAUUUUGAUAGCAUUGAAGCCUAUUUACUUUUGUCAAAUAUUUAUGUUUCAAAUUUAGAUUUGAAAAAAUCAAGAAAAUAUUUAAAGAAAGCCUACUUGUUGAUCAAAAAAUACAUGAAAAAAAGUUUUUUGACUAAAGCAAUAAUUUUACAAGAGUUAGGAAUAAUAAGCAUAUAUCAAAAUCAAAAAGAAAAAGCUGCUAAAUAUUUUAAAGUUGCAAUUAGACAUCUUAGAGAGGUCAAGUCAAAUAAUCAGCUAAUAGCUUUUCAAAAGCAAUAUUAUUUACACCCCCUUCAAGAAUGAGCAAAACCUUUGGAAAAUGUCUAUUCAUGAGAAAAAUAGCAUCUCUUUAAGAGUUAUCAAAAAACUUAAUAAUAUAAAAGAACUUAUAAUUUUGUAUGAGAUAACUAAUUAAUUAUAUUGCAUUUUAGAUAGCUUAUUCUUGAUUUUCCCAAUCAAAUAUUUACAAAUUAGAAUUUUUAAAAUCUCAAAAUAAUAUCUUCGCAUUAUCUCACGUCUUCUGGACGAACUGGGUGUUGGUUUAACCUACAAAUAUUGCAUAAACCAACCUUUGCGCAAAAAUUCAGGUUUGCAAUUCAAGGGCUGGUGAAACAACCAUCUUACUACUGCCUUCGGAGGGUCAGAAUGAUUGCGAUACCCCACAUAGAUACACUAUAUAACUUUUAAAUGUAAUUUUUUAGCAUAAACAAUUGACCUUAUUUAGGAAAGCAAAAAAAUUUUGCUCGCAUUAAAGAAGAAGUAGUUAGCCAAAAUACUUUUACUUCAAUCAGAUUUUAAAGAGUCUUUUGAUAUCUUUUAUAAGGAAAUUUUUCAUUUUUUUAAAAAACCAAAUAAAUGAAUAUCUGCAGAGCUGAUAAAAUAUCAUCAAGAAUAUGUUUGGCUUUUUUAUUCAAUGGAUCUUAUAUCCGAAGCAAGAAGUGAGAUUUUGAAAAAUAUAAAAAUAUGAAUUGAUAUGUUUUUACGAUGGAAUCAUCCAAUUUUAUUCUGAGUUUAUCUACUAAGUUCAGCAAUUGCAUUUCGUUCUGGCUUAUGAGAUGAAUGCAGGACCUAUCUAAAAAGUGCUGAAUCCCAUAAUUUUCGAAAGAGCAUAUAUCUGAAGUUCAAUCAUGGAAAGAUCUAAAAUCUCUAGAAAAAAAUAUAAUAAGAUAUAUGAUUUUUCAAUUAAUAUAAUUUAUCAUAAUUAAAAAUAUAAAAUAUUUAAAUUUCUAAAAAUUUUAGAUAGAAAAUCAUCGAUCAAGGAUGAGAGUCAUAUAGAGAAUUGGGGAAGUAAGAAAAUCAUUAAGUCAAAUCGUUUUCAUAAUAUAAAAUUUCUUCGAACUUUAAUUGAUGAGCAUUUGGGAUUUUUAUAUAUAAAAAUAAAUGACUUAGACCGAGCUGAAAAAUUAUUAAAGCGUUGCAUACAGUCUUAUGAAGCGCCAGAGUGUCACCCAAUCGUUGACUUAUUUUGGCUUACGUAUUCUUUAAACGGAAUAAAUCUUAAAAAACAAAAUUUCAUCAAGUCAUUUGAAUAUUUAUUAAAAGCCCAGAAAUUCUGAGAUUCUAAACAUAAAUUAAAGUCCCAUUCUUGUGAAAUUCAGAUUAAAUUGCCAUGGCUUUCGACCUUUCAAAAUGAACAAUUUGCAAAGCAAUUUAAAGAUCUUUAUACUGUUGAAAAAAAAAUUCUGGAAAAAGGAGAAUAUCAUUUAGCACAUCCUGAAUUUGAUAUAUCCCAAGGCAUCGUUUAGAUUGCCCUGGGCUACGGAACGCCCUUCCAACUGAUGGAUUUGGCUUGGGAAAAAAUAGUUGCCAAAUCAGCUCCACAAGUUGGCAAGUGCCCUAAUAAUUUUCUCUUGCAAACUGGUAGAGUUAAAUUGGCAAUUGCUUUUGCCAAAGUCAGCUCCAUCAGCUUUAGAGCGUCCUGUAGCUCAGGGUGAUCUAAAUGAGGCCCUGAGCUGUUUACAAUCUUUCUCUAAAAAUAUUGAAAAUGAAUAUAAUUUUUUACACAGGCUUGGAAACUUAUCAGAGCAUUUUGUAAAAUAUUACAAAUUAGCACAUAUUGGAGAUGAAAUGAUUUGUAUAAGAGAUCAAAUUAAGGGAAACUUAUAUGAAGAGAUUAUUGAAAGAAGUAAAAAUGGAAUUUAUUGGACUGAAAAGGAACUCAUAGCUAUGGCUUCUUUUUUAUCUGAGUCUUUAGCCAUUCUUCAUGAAAAUUACAUUUAUCAUGGAAAUUUGGAUCCCUCAUCAAUUCUAAUUACUCCCCCCUGUCUGUGAGCGAACAAAACCAUUAGAAAAAUCCCUAUUUUUUGCCCAAAAACCCACCCUCUGUGAGUGAACAAAGAUUUUUUUUAAUAUAAAAAUUUUUUAUGGGAAAAAAUUUUGAUAUAUAAGUGAUAACUAGUGCCAUCGAGCUAAUUCUGUUAAUUUUAAACAAAUUGUUUUUUAAAACAUAAAUUUUACAAAUUUAAAUUAAUAUUUGCCUUCCAAUUUUCGAGAAGUGGGAUGAUUUUAAAUUCCGAAAAAAAUUUUUUUUUCUUUAAAAUUAACCCCCUUCCGUGAGUGAACAUGAUUUUUUUUGUUCGCCCAUGGAGCGGGGAGUUAGUCUUAAUGGCGAGUGAAAAAUUGGAAACUUUUUAGAGGCAAAGCAGUUUUGGAUAUAUAGCAGCACAAACAAAAUACUGGAAUUUGAUAAAAAUGACUGAGUAGACUUAAGCAGUGAAAACUCCAAAGAUGACAAUUUACGCCUUAAAACUAAAAUUCCUAUUGAGAGAAAAGAAGUCUAUUUAUUGGGGAAAAUAAUUUGAAUGGCAGCUUCAUUGAAGUCUUUUGAUCCAACCACUUUUAUUUUAGACACCACUAUUAAAGAAAAAUACAGUCGAGACUUCCAAAAAUUUAUAGACUUGAUGCUUCUAAGACUUAGUGAUAAUUUGUAUUGACCUUAUAUGAGAGACAUUAAUCUCAAAGCCAGGAACCUUCUCAAAAUUUCCACACCAGAAAACUACCUUAUAGAUCUUGAGCUACAAAGACUAAAUUUAAUUUUGAAGGAGCGCAAUUUCCACUAA